AUGGCGCGAAAAAUCCUGCUGCGUCAGAUUAAACAGCUGAGGGCGCUGCGGAAGCUAUCUGCUAGCGCGGCAUUGAGCAAUCAGGAGCAACAUGUCGUUAGAUCGCCUCUGGACGACAUCGUUGUAUCGGAUUCGAGAUUUCUGGAUCGCUUGUGGCGAGACUCCCCCAACUUCAACAGCCAUGUCGCCAUUGAAUGUGCGGAGUCGAAGAAAAGCUACACAUAUGAGCAGCUGCAGAGAAACAUGGCUGUGUUCGCGACCUCGCUGCGGAGGAAGCUGGGCCUGAACCCUGGUGACAUCAUUGCCGCCAUGUUGCCCAACUGCCCACAGUUCCCAGUGGUGGCCUUCGGCGCGUUGCAGGCCGGCUGCGUGCUAACACCAGUGAACCCCAUAUACAAAGAAUUCGAAGUUACCCAUCAAGUGUCCACGACGGAGCCAAAGGUUUUCAUUACCGUCCCACAAUGCUACGAGACUGUAUUGAAAAGUCUUAACAAUGCAAAAAUUGACGCUAAAAUAAUCGUAGUUGACAAUCCCCAAACGCCUGUUCCCGAAGGCACAAUAAGAUAUUCGGAAUUAUCGGAAUCGGGUGAGGCAGACUACGCGUUGCUAGAUAGAGUUGAGAAGAAAAAUGACGACGUAGCGUUUAUACCCUUUUCAAGUGGGACUACUGGUCUGCCCAAAGGGGUAGAGAUAACAUAUGGGAACCUUUUGGCUGCCAUGGAAAUUAUGCAAAAUGAAAGGACGUCGUUCCCGUUUCUCACAAAAGGUGACUUUCAAGACAUUGUACCGUGUAUCCUGCCUUUCUUCCACAUUUACGGAUUAGUGGUUACACUGAUAGGACACUUGGCCAAAGGGUGUAAAUUGCUGUCGCUACCAAAGUUCUCCGCAACGUUGUACCUUGACGUCUUAAAGCAUCAAAAACCGACCCUUCUGUAUGUGGUUCCACCCGUAGCCAUCCUACUCGGCAAGCACCCUGAUGUGACUUCGGACCACUUUAAGAGCGUGAGGAACAUCAUAUGCGGAGCAGCGCCUCUGGCCGCGUCAGACGUCGACGCCAUAAUGGAGAAGAGUAAAAACCAGCUGGAAUUCAACCAGGGCUUCGGUGCUACGGAGACUACCGCUUUGGCGACGUCCACUUUGCUGGGCACCAAGGUGCCGGACUACUCCGCCUGCGGCGUCCCCAUGGCCAGCGUGUGCAUGAAGUUCGUUGACCCCGUAACGGGUCAGACGGUUCCCAUAGGCGAGUCAGGGGAACUCUACGUAAAAAGUCCCACCGUUAUGAAGGGAUAUUACAAGAAUGAAGAAGCGACCAAGGAAAGCCUCACCGCGGAUGGGUACUUCAAGACUGGAGAUUUGGGCCAUUACAAGCCGGAAACUGGUCUUUUCAUUACAGACAGAAUCAAGGAGCUUAUUAAGGUGAAGGGCAUGCAGGUGGCGCCGGCGGAGCUGGAGAGCGUGCUGCGCUCGCACCCCGCGGUGCGGGACGCGGCGGUGGUGGGCGUGGCGCACGCGCUGCACGGCGAGGCGCCCAAGGCGUUCGUGGUGGCGCGCGGCGCGGUGGGGGCGGACGAGCUGCGCCGCUUCGUGGCCGAGCGGGUGGCCGCCUUCAAGCAGAUCGAGCAGCUGGUCUUCGUCGCGGACAUCCCCAAGACCACCUCGGGCAAGAUCCUGCGCAAGGAGCUCAAGGCGAUCGCC